CUCUCCGCUCUGAAGCCCCGAUGUUGCGCUCAGAGCUCCGGGAUCCGCGCCGCUCCAAGGAUGUCCCUCUCGGAUGUGGCCGCUCAGUGCGCGCUCCUGCUCGGGUUCACGUGCCUGGCCGCUCGCGCUCACACUUCCGGUCACUUCUCAGGUUACCUGUUGCACGUGUUGCGUAACUACACAGAUGAGGUGUGUGAUGGUGACCUUCUGACUGUACGCUGCCCUCCCAGAACCACCAUCACUGUCCAGUCAGCUUUCUACGGCAGGAAAAGCUCCGCCCACUCUUUGUUCUGCCCGCCACUAUACAGCAUCAACGGGCCACGCCCACUGAGUAGUAUCACGUCCUGUCAUGUGGCAACAGCACUGCAGAAGAUGACAGACGAGUGUGAGGACAGGAGGAGUUGUGAGCUUUUGGUGAACAGUCGGUUGUUUGGAACGGAUCCAUGUCCAUCCAUCGGCAAAUCCCUCACUCUGCACUACAAAUGCAGACCUAGUGAGUAUAAGAGUAAGGUGGUGUGUGAGGGGGAGAAGUUGAGGGUGAGCUGUAAGACAGGGAUGCAGAUCGCCGUGUACUCGGCCAUGUUUGGACGGACGCAGGAGGGGACACUGGAGUGUCCUCCACACCACCGGAGGGUGCCGUCUGUCGACUGUCAUGCGGAAGGGGCCCUGCAGGUGAUGACGUCACAUUGCCAAGGGAAACGCACGUGUGUGGUUCGAGCCUCGGCGCAGGAGUUCGGAGACCCCUGUUACACCGGGACUCGCAAAUAUCUCAGUGUUAUAUACACCUGUGUUCCCAAGAAGCUCUUACAGGAUUCGGUUCAGAUCCCUUCAUUUGCUCCGCCCCCUUCCCAACCCCAUGACCCCAAUGUGGUGGGAGACAGUGCGCCCCCUGACGAGAACACGUUGGUGACCUCUGACCCUGCACCAGGGAAGUCUAAGCGAGGGAAGCCUGUCCCUGACUCAGAGGAGAAAACCGAGUCUGAAGAGCGACACAGAGAGGAAGCGGAGCGCGAGAGAGACGGCCGCACGGACUCCUCGCCCAGAGACCUGAAUCCUGCCAUCAGCACCGUGUUCAGAAGAAAGAUGGCGCUCAUCAGCAACGGCCUCGCUGCCUACACCUACAUCACCGAGCACCCGGAGCGCUGUGCGCUGUACUUCAUGUGUGGGGUGUGCGUGGGUCUCUUCCUCACCCUCUUUGCGCUGGUGGUGCAGAUCUCCUGCCGCACAGAGUGUAAACAGCGGCAAGCCGUCGCUAAAAAGAGGUCUCGCCCGGCCGACUCGGACUCGGAUUCCGACUCGGAUUCAGACUGGGACUCGGGCUCGGACCUGUCGUCGCGGCGGCGGCGGCGCUUUGAGCGCACGCUAAACACGAACGUGUUCACCUCGGCCGAGGAGCUGGAGCGAGCUCAGAGACUGGAGGAGCGGGAGAGGAUCAUCCGCGAGAUCUGGAUGAACGGACAGCCGGAUGUCCCCGGAACACGCAGCCUCAACCGCUAUUACUAAACACGCGCACGCACAGCAGAAUACCGUGGAUGUUGCUGGGAUUUAACACCACAAACCACUGAACGUGUGCGCGCACAUCCGAACGCUGAGGUCAGAGGUCAUGACCACCUCCCUGGAAUUUAUUUACAGAACGACGAAGCUAAUGGGAGACGUCCAAGUGGAGGCUAACGAUUUUAAACACGGGCAGCUCUAAAAGACUGAAUAAGCUCUACGCAACUUCAGCACCCUGAUUGGUCCAUUCCUUCCGCUUGUUAAAAUGGGAGGCGGGGCUGCUGAGGACGACACCGAAAGCGAUGACCCAGGUCUAAAGACGGUUUAACAUGAACACUGUGGAAGAAGUGAUGAAUUUUACCCAGCAGCCCAUCUCCCGUCUCCUGAUGAGGCACGAUUUGAUAGUGUUUUAUCUGCUAGCUGGCUCACUAGCGACAAUUAAUGACAGGAUCAGGAUCAACAGUACAUUUCAUGUUGGAAUGCACUUUCUACUCCAACCUCGGUGAAAUGGCGCAGCCUUUGAACUUGAAAACAAACUGAAAUAUAUAAUAGAUGGAUAGAAAUGCUUGGAAUUCAUCUCAGCCCUUCUAAAGUAUAUAUUUUGAAUAUUUAAUAUUUUUAUUGUUUAUUCCCUGAAUAGUUAUGACAUAUUUUUAUACAAUGGCAGCAUUUUUUUUGGCGCGUGCACGCGUGUGUGAGAGAUAGCUCAGGGAUGCAAUCCAAGUGUUUCCAUGUAAGAUUUUAUUCCUAAAAAGAAAAACAAGAUGUGCUUCACUGCGGAACGCGCCGAACUAUAAACCUCAGAGAGGUCGUAUUUUUUCAUAUCUAAACAGGACGUUUUAUGCAAAAAAAAAAAAAAGAAACACAAGUCACAUGCCUUAUUCAGAACGGAGGACGACAAAUCACACAAUUGCCUGCACUCACGCUGGAAAUUAUACGUUUGCUGUCAGAAGGAGAGGAGCAACUGCUAACAAUGCAAAGUGGGCGGGGCUAAUGAUAUAACAAAGUGGAGUGAAUUGAAUUUUAUGCAAAUGAGAAGAAACGAAGCAACUGGGCAGCUACCAGUAGGUGUGCUACAGGAGCGCGUGUUUGUUUUCCCUGACCGUGAAACGGUCUCCGUUCCGCUACAAGCAGCUUCGAUUUACGCAAACAUCGUCGUUUUAAAUUUUCACCACUCGGUCAACCGUGCAAGUUUAUAAAAGCACGUUGUUUUGGGUUUAUUUAUACACGCUCUGCACCUAGCUUGUGUGAAUAGCGCAUAGCCUGGUGGUACCAGUGAAACCAUGGCAACAGGCUCAAGAUACAGUAGUACACGCCCACAAGUGAGCGGCAAAGUAAAAAAAAAAAAAAUCUGUCGCUGGAUUUUCCGCCUGGUUUGUUGGACGUUUAACUGCACUCGAGAUAUUUCUGUCAAUCACCGACACUCGGUUUAUAAAGGGAGUUUAUAAAGGAGCUGAUUUGAUUUGGUGAUGUAAUAGCAUGCAUAACCCCGCCCCUGCAAGGAGAAUGCUGAUCAUAUUCUGCCCUUCCCCCACUCCGAUUUGAGUUCAGUCACAUCACCUGAGUAACUCCUGGAACAUGCUACAUUAUAAACGAUGACUCUUUUUCUCUCUUUCUCUCUCUCUGUGAUUUCAUUUUACUUCCUGGUUGAUAAAGACGUGCGAACGCAGCCCUCGGACAGUUUUAACGCCUCGUUAACAUCCCAGCAGAGUUUUUGUUAUCUAUGAGGAGAAAAGAUGUGACUUACACUACAUUCACACUACAAGGCUUAAUGCUCAAUUCCGAUUUUUUUGUGAAAUCCGAUUUUUUUGUGAGGUCGUUCACAUUAACAAAUAUAUGCGACUUGUAUGUGAUCCUCAGUAUGAACGAAAAGCGACCUAAAAGUGUUCCGCAUGCGCAUUGCAGGAUACGACGACGUCACACGCAGUGAGCAUGGCCAGUGUUUACGGAAGUAACCUAAAGUUUCCUGUGUAUGACAGUAGCCAGCAUGGAGUACCUGGCGAUGAUGCAGUUGUUGUUGCGACGGAGCCAGAACAUGCACAAUAGCCUGAUGUUAAGGAGGAGGUUGAGAAGGAAGAGGGCAAGGGUUUUGGCUCAGGCGUUCUGCGGGGUAGUGACUGCAACCUCCGUUCAAAGGAACAUCAAAGCCAUGUUGUUGUAACUUUUUUUGAGAGACCCGCCGCCUACUUCAGCGCAGAAUAGUGACGUUUGUGGCUUGUUGAUGACGUGUAAGUCGGAUGAAUGCGACCUGGCGGUUCAGACUGAAGUCGCAUAUGAAAAGAUCGGAUAGGAAUCGGAAUUAGGACCACAUAUCCAAACGGCCUGGGUCGGAUUUGAAAAAAUCGGAUCCGUGUCGUUCAUAUUGUCAAUAAAAGAUCGGAUACAGGUCACAUAUGGGCGAAAAAAUCGGAUUUGAGUCACUUCAGCCUGCAGUGUGAACGUAGUGUAAACGCUCAGUGAAAAACCAGCCUCGAACACGAGAGAAGCCAAAGAAACUUGACUUGAGCGACACGUGGAACAGUUUGUGUGGCGUUUCUAUUCACUUUUAGGCCAAAAAAUAAUAAUAGUGUGUUUCAGGUAACAUGAAAUACUAAAAUAAGGUCGGUAGGUAGGAAAAAGGUUUUUUUUUUCUUAAUUUUUUCAAACAAAAUAAAAAAAAUUAACACAAGUAAACAUCUUACAAAAUAGUAUUUUGGCACAGAAUCCUUUAUACCACACAUCAUAAUAAAAUAAGUGUUUUAAAUCUUUAAACGAAUAAAAAAAAUAUCGCGAGAGUUCGAGUUAUGAUCUACGGAAGCGUAUUGCUGCCACACUCAAAAAAAAAAAAAAUUGGCUUAGAAUCAAGUAAUUGCGUGAAAAGAUAUUAACAAAGUUAUCACGUUUUUACAAUAUAUUUAUCAUGUAAUAACAUAUCACGUUAUUUCAUGAUAUUUUCAUGUAAUAACGUGAAAAUAACGUCCUAGGCUAGGCUACUUCUAUUAAAAGCAGACGGCCUAGCCUGGCUAACGCAACUUCAAAGCUCUCCGAGCUAUUGGUCUGGUCAAGAUAUUAAGCCCAACCGUUUCCCAGAGCCCGUGGUUGACCCGCCUCCCUGAAAUGCCUCAGUUUGCUACUGGUCGAAGCCAGAAAAGGCUGUGAUGAAGCUUAAACCAAUCACAUCACACUUUCCUCUGACGUAUGCGACGCGACGGGGCUAACUGGUAGAUUAAACUCUUACCGAAGCCGGUCGGGAGCAAGGUGAAAACGUCCUUCCUUUCAAUAAAUGCCUCCAGGGCUGCUCUUUGCUCCGUUUUCAAUGAGAACUUCCCGUUGAAUGCUUUCAAUACAGCAUCUAUGCGUAAUAGAUGCGGAAGCGUGAAUGAAGCGCUUCCGGCAUAGAUUCUGUAAACAAUCUAUGGCUUCCGGUCGCAGUUCUACUACGUCAGUGCCUUGAACACGCCUCUACCCAGGGCCGUUGGAGAUGCUCAAAGUUGAUUGGCUCCUGAUUUUUCGGGAGCUUGGAAGAGCUGUAGAUAGCUUGCCUGGCCAGACUAAGCUCGCAGCAGGCCCUCGUGUUGCGUCACGCUUGGGAUGGGCGGGCCCAGGCUAAGCCUAGCCUACUGUAGAACUUUGGUCGAGCAAAAACACCGAGCAAAAACAUGGCUGAAUCCUGAAUGACUCCUACUUGUAUAAAUAGGGGACUGCAUAGGCAGCAAAACAUAGUGUUUUUCCUGCCAUGGAAGUGCACUUGUAUACUGAAGAGGAAGCAAUUUGCAUUACAGCCUUGAAUGAGGAUUCAAAAUGGCGGCUCGGCUCAGUUUUGCCUUCCUCCUUCAGUAUACAAGUGCGCUUCCAUGUUUAUGCAGGAGGGCUGAUAGAAGUGGCGAAACAUUUUACUUUUUAUCGUUUCUUUCACAACCUGAAUGCGUUGAAACAAAAAAUUAUGGCAAACUAACGCCGCUUACACUAAAAUAUCGAGGGAAAUUUGUAGUAAUAACUUUACGGUCGGCAAUUUCGACGCGGAAAUUCUCGAUCGGUCGGGUUACCAGAAACACACUUUUUUUUUUUUUGGCCUUAUAUAACUUACAAAAAAUUAGUGUUAAACGUUGCAAAAACAAACAUGUUUACUGUGAUUUGAAAUGUUAGUUAAAGAUGAGUUACAGAAACUUGUUUUCGUCUUUCAAAUAAUUGAUGGUAAACGAUGACGAGGGGACGCAAAUAACGUGUUACAGCGAUCGGGAUAUAGUGUG